ACCUUUUCCUCUCAUUACAUGAAGACAAGAUUGUAGAUGAGAAGUAAUUUAUUAAUUGUUCAAUUAUCGGUAAUUGUUCAAUUAGUGUUCUAUUUUUUUCAAGAGUCAUCCUAAUCAUCAUUAUCUUCAUCAACAAUUUGUUAAUAAUUAACUAACAAUCAUUUUCUUCCGAGACAAACAUCAUCACCCAAACAUCAUCAUUACCCUUACAUUAAAUGUCUUUCUCUCCAUGUUGAACCAUAUUGGUUAUUGAGGUUCUCUUUUAAUCAGUUAAUUUUAAUACAUUGUUUCUUAAUUUGUUUUAAUUGUUCCGGUUAAUUAAUAUUCUUAACUAUUGUAAUCAUCUCUUUUCUUUAUAAUCUCCAUCUUUACAACAAUCAGUGUUAUCCUAUUUUCAGUGUAAACAAUUUUCUUCUCUUUUGUGUCUGUUACUCUCUCUUCUGCUCUUCUCUUUUUGGUCUCAUCAACCUCCAAAUUUUAUUCAUAUCAAAAAGCUUCUAGAAUUUUAUUUUUAAAUUACAAUGGAAAGUAAUAUUGCUUCCAGAAUCAAAGAUGUCGGUAAUUUUAUUUUCCUUGCCUUGAUUCUUCAUGGAAUUGGAAUCCUUAUCCCUUGGAAUAUGGUCAUUAACUCUGGAAAUUUUUACAUUAACUACAAGUUAAAAUCGGAAACCAAUUCAACCUCAGAUCUUCCAGAGUUAACAUGGAUAAGACAAAAUUUCUAUUCUAUCAUUGGAACAUCUUCUCAAACACCUAAUCUACUUGUUACUGCUGCGAAUAUUUAUUUCCCGGCAAAAGGUGGUUAUAAAGGUUUAACCAGAAGAAUAACUUUCUCUAUGAUUGUUAUGAUUGUGACCUUAUUGUUAAAUAUAACCUUCGCCUUAGUUGAUAACAGUUCAUGGAAAUUAACUUGGUUCGCAUUACAAUUAAUUAUAUUUGUCGUUCUUUACGUUGCCAAUGGAAUCUAUCAAAAUUGUGUCUACGGAAUUGCCGGUAGAUUACCGAUGAAAUAUUCUAAUGCUGUUGUUAUUGGGAGUAAUGUUUGUGGUUCUCUAGUCUCAAUCAUGGCAAUUGUUUCACAUGCUAUCUCACCGAAUCCAUUACAAGAAGCAAUUAUUUACUUCUCAAUUGCUACGUUAAUUGUGAUCGCCUGUUUUAUUGUUCUUUUCUUCCAUGAAUCGAAUGCAUUUUAUAGUUACUAUAUGGAGAAAAGUGAAGGACCGGAACAAUUGGCCUUAACUAAUGAGAAAGUAAUCCAAGAUGAAUCGAUCCCAUAUCGUCAAAUAUUUGAGAAAAUUUCUGUUAUGUGUUUCAAUAUAUUUUUUGUAUUUUGGGUAACCCUGUUUGUUUUCCCUUCGAUUACGGGUAAUGUUGAUCCAUACGAUAAAGUGUUUACCAGUGAGAGUAAAUGGUUUGGCCAAAUAUUUAAUUUCCUAUUUUUCAACGUUUCCGCCAUGAUUGGUAACCUAUUCCCUGAAUAUCUACCCAGCACCAAUAUAUCACCUCAUCGAGUUUGGAUUUAUGUUGUAGCUCGAACCAUUUUUAUCCCAUUCUUUUUCUGUUGUAAUUAUUUAACCGGAGUUCGAAGUUUACCCGUUCUGUUUGGUGAUAUUGCUUUCGCCGUAGGUAUUGUCCUAUUUGGUUUCACCCAUGGUCAAGGGUCAAGUUGGGCUAUGAUGUAUGCACCCAAAUUUGUUGAAGAUAAACACGCUGGAGUCGCCGGUAUGAUAACAGCGUUUUUCCUGGUUAUGGGUCUAUUUGCUGGUGUACACACGGGAUUUGCUGCUCCAUUUAUUGUUCAACUCUAGUUAAUUGUUAUCGAAAAACUGAAAUCAUCUUAGUCUAACAUAUUGAUUAUGCUCAAGCCAAAACUGGACAAAAUUAACUGAAAGUCACCAACAAAGAGCUUAAUCAUAGAAUCCGAUGAAACUUUUAUACUUCAAUAUUGAUUCUCUUAAUCCAAUUUUAAAUCUCUAAUCUUUUCUUAAUUGUUAGUUGCCUUGAGAAACCUCUUUACUAAUCAAAGGUAAAUUGAUUUAUAAAGUACAACAAUCUAUUAAUAUUUAAAACAAAUCUCAAUGUUAUCGAGAGCAACCUAAUCUUUGACAAAUCAACUUUUCUACUUCAAAAAUUUAUUAACUAUCAAAUUUAAAUCAAUUUUUCAUGCGAAACAAAUGAGAUAUGUACUUUUUAUGUAAAUUAACACUUAAUUUGAAUGGGAAAUUAAAAAAUUAUAAUUAAUUAGUUGAA